CUGGAACCCAGAAAGAGAGGAGAGGGAGAGAGAGAGAGAGCGAAGAGAGAGCGAGAUGUGUGCGCUCCUCAAUUCUCUCACAGUUCACAAAUAAAUAGUUCUUAAGUGGGUCCGCACUGCCCAGCCACAUUCUCCUGCUAAUCACAUUACUACUGCAGGGACAGGGACAGGGACUGGGAGGAGAGAGGGAAGAAGUAAGAAGAAGAGGAGACCAGGGCAUUGGAAGAGAAGGCACCAAGUUCUAUUGAGUAACAACUUGGACCUGCUAAAUUAAACUUAAUUCCCUGAAGGGCUGUGUCUUCUCAUCAUGGCCCCUCCCACAGUGAUGCUGCUGCUUCUUCUGGCUGCCAUGGCGACCAUGGCCCAGUCUGUUGGCGAGGAGAACAAACUGGAUUAUGGGUACUGGAACUACAGGGAGGGAGCUGAGAGUGUGAACGUGGCCACUGUCCGCAGUGUGACCAGAGUUCUGGACGUCUGGGGAAAACGCAUCUUCAACGAGAUCAAAACCCUACUCCACUCUCAGCCCAGCACCCUGCUCCCUGACUACUCCAGGGUGCGCCCUCUGUCUGAGUCGCUCAACGAUCUCUUCAGGGAAGUCACUCUGCUGCACAGGCGUAUCACGGAACUCACCCAUCGCCUAGCAACCCUGGAACCGUUCCUCCGUCGCCACGGCUACAGGGACGAGGGGGAGGAGGGAGGGGGUGGCGGUAGCAGAGCUCUGGCACCUCAGAGCAUGAGAGGUGGCGCAGCAAGGCUGGCGAGGUACCCCCCUAGAUACACCUUGAAGAAGGCGGACCCUGUGAGGGGGACUAGGGUGGUGAGGAGGAAGAGGGUGAGAGUGUACAACAACGGACAAGUUAGGAUGCUGGAGAGUGCGAGUGAGAGAUAGCGGGAGGGAUUGUGGACUACGGGGGAGUGUGAUAGUAUGAAAGUUGGUGUUAGGGUUCUAAGUUCAGUGUGAGGUGAGAGGUCAAACGUCAAAGGUGAAAGAGCAAGAAAUUAACGAAAUAGUCUGCAAAUAUUAUAACGUAUCAAAAUCUGAUAUCUAUUGUAGAAAGUUGAUGUAAAAAUGUAUGUAUUCUCUAUCCUGAGUCUCUGCUUCAUUAUAAACAAAGAUGUGCAUCUGUGGCUGUUAUGUGUAUCAACCCAUGAGAGAGCAAUGAUAUAUUCAUUAAACAAACUCAUCAAGUCUCA